AUGCCGGGCCCGGGAUGCUGGAGCGUGUCCGUAGCGGCAGUGUUCAUUCUCGCGGUCGCGGUGUCCCAGGUUCGGGGCGGUCUCUAUUCCCCGGAUGAGCCAUUGGUGUCCCUGGCCGGGGCGACCCGUUCUCUCCUGCUCGGGUCCAACAGCUCCUGGCUCGCCGAGUUUUAUGCUUCCUGGUGCGGACACUGCGCGGCGUUCAGACCGACCUGGAGUGCGCUGGCUCGGGAUGUGCAAGAUUGGAGACCGGCAGUAUACCUGGCUGUACUAGACUGUGCAGAGGAGUCAAACAGGGAUACCUGUAACGAAUUUGGGGUUACUGGGUACCCCACAGUUCAGUUCUUUAAAGCGUUUGCAGGAAGUCCUUCGGAGGGUGUACGAGUUCCAGCUUCGUCUGUACAAGAAAUCAGACAGCACAUCAUCGAUAGACUGGAAGAGCAGAAGGAGUCCCCACCACCAGCGUGUCCUCCUUUGGAACCAAUCAGCGCCCCCAAGUUGGAGCAGUUCUUCGCAAACAACAAUGAGACUUAUCUGGCUGUGAUAUUUGAGGAUGCGAAGAUGUACAUGGGUAGAGAGGUGGCUCUGGAUAUGGUUCAGUACGAAGGUGUCUCGGUACGCAGGGUAGUUAAAGACCAAACUGACUUGGUGGAGAAGUUCAACGUAUCUUCAUUCCCCGCUGGUUUUUUGAUUUCUAAGAACGGAUCUACCAGCAGAAUUAACCUUGGGGAAGAGACUCGCUCGGCGUAUACCAAAUUCCUGCGUUCACUACCCGGAGUGCAGAGGGGAAAACACGCUCUCAUCGGAUGGUCGGAGACAUCUCUCGAUACUUAUAUCUUUUCCAUACUUUUUUCUAGCGCCAAGGUGUACAUGGCAGAUCUUGAGUCGGCUCUUCACUAUUCCUUGAGGGUGGAGGUUGCUCGAUUCGCGACCUUGGAUGGGGAGCGACUUAAGGCUCUCUCCAAUUUCAUCAAUGUGCUGAGAAAGUACUUCCCUGCCCGUCCGUAUCUGCGUACAUUACUGAACUCUGCUAAUUCCUGGCUGCGCGCCCGCGCUAAAACCAAAGUCUCAUACAAGGAUUUUGAGGAUGUUCUCAACAACAAAAAUCAGGCCCAGAAAGCUGUUCUGUCAUCGGAUGUGCGCUAUGUUGGGUGUCAGGGUUCCAAGCCCCAAUUCCGUGGCUUUCCGUGUUCCCUCUGGACCCUUUUCCACGUUCUAACAGUCCAGGCAUCUGAAGUAGCAACCCUGGGAAGAAUUAGACCCGCUCCCAGUGAGGUCCUGUUAGCGAUGCGUGGCUACGUCCAGCAUUUCUUCGGCUGCAGAGAAUGCGCCCAGCAUUUUGAACGUAUGGCCCAAGAGUCCAUGCGCAACGUCCGCUCUUUGGAUGAAGCCAUCGUGUGGCUGUGGGAAAGACACAACCGUGUGAAUAAGAGAUUGGCAGGUGCACAGAGUGAAGAUCCAGCCUUUCCGAAGGUGCAGUGGCCUACUGCAGCGCUUUGCCCGCUCUGCCAAUCCAAAGCAGAUAUGUCCUGGAACCUCCCCAGCGUUCUAGAUUUCCUGAAAGCUCAUUUUGGCAAAAAAAAUCUAGCAGAUGAGUAUCUGGAAGAUGAGGAAGUGCUGCUGGAAAAACAGAAAAAGGCACACAAUGCAACCCAAAAAAGGGAUAAGAGAGAUGUUACGGAUGAGGAGAAGAAGUCUGAAAUAAUCCAGAACCGUGAUGACACCGAGAACACACGUGAUGAUCCGAGAGAAGAUGACGAUGAAGAAAAGAGCGAUGCAUAUGACAAAAACUCAUAUGGACCUAAUAUGUUUCUAAGCAGAUCUCUUAAGGACUCCAGCCUGCACAAGGGAAACCAUGCUCUACAUCCAAAAACCCUUGUAGAACCUCGUGAUGCAGAGUUCGAUGAAGCUGCUGUGAGAGAUCGGUUACUAAAGAGAGGAGUAGACGCCAAUUACCUUAUUGGUGUGGUGGUGGAGCGUGGGGAGGUGAAUAGGAAAGGCCGUUGGGUGAAGAUGCUGGAGGUUGGCUUCUCUCGUUUGGACAUCAGCCUGUGCGUGGUUCUCUAUUUCCUUUCCAGCAUGUGUCUACUUGCCAUGUACCUUUACAUGAGUCUCAGGACACGCUGCCCCCGACAACGGUGCUCAUAUCUGCCAGUGUGAAGUGGACUUUCUCCAACCAGAACAAUACAAUCUGUUCUGUAUUUUGGAGAGAGAACUGUUACAUGUUUUUAAAGUGCCUUUAAACCCAUUGGAUUUCUAUGCUAUCAUGGGUUGUCCAUCCUAGGCCCAAAUAGAUGUUUUACUAGUUGUGUCAGCUUAACUGAUACCUUAAAGUUUAAUAAAUAGUUGUUAAGUUG